AUGGUAGGACUCAAGCCACCGGGACCACUCUCCAUGCAAGGGAACUCGUCCAAGAAUGAUAAGGACUGGAUAAGGACAUUCCAGCUGUACGAGGCGGCAACAGAACUGACGACCGGGCCGGCAGCUCAGGAGAUUUAUGAGACCUUUCGGUUCGCCCCGGAGGAGUGUGACAAUAUACAACCGCUGAAGAAUAAGUUUCAGACAUACUGUGAACCAAAAAAGAACUUAACUGUCACAAGAUACAUCUUUAAUACACGUAAUCAGCGGCAAAGGGAGACCUUCUCCAGCUACCUGACUGCAGUGAAGUCUUUAUCUAAUGAUUGCGAGUUUGACAUUAUCCAUGACUCGUUGCUGCGAGACAGAAUCGUCUGCGGCAUCAGCAGCCAGCCGCUCCGGGAAAAACUACUACAAUGCCAUGAGUUAACACUGGAAAAAUGCAGUGACAUGUGUCUGAUAGCUGAAGCAGCAGCCGAACAAAUGAAGCAGAUUGCCCCAACCGCCAUCGACACCGAAGAGACAGUUGAUUACGUGAAACGGGACAGCGCCAAGAGAUUGGACAUCUUUCCAGAUCCUCCGGUAAAUAGAGCGCCCAACAGCCGCCCACGUCCCCGACAACAUGACCGGCUAAUCAGACAAAAGGCCGGGGGCUGGAGCCGUGACGUCCGCGACAUCGAGUUCCAGAUGAACGCUUCACCGCUGCCUGAGCCAGUGGACGACGACGUAGAUGUCUUCUACAUUGACGCCGUUAUAGAGUCGACACAUGAAAGGGGACAGAUGUGCAGCAUCAACAAUGUGAACAUUGAGUUCAAACUUGACUCUGGCGCUCAAGUCGACAUCCUGCCAGAGCACUUGUUCAGAAAGACUGGUCUUGCCUUACUGAACACGAACGUAACACUGAGGUCAUUCUCUGGACAUACAAUGAAGCCUGUGGGGCAGGCAAAGGGGAAUGUCAAAGUAGGUAAGAAGGAAUAUAGGUUUGUCUUUCAAAUAGUGAGGAGGAAUGUGAAACCCAUAUUUGGGAAACUAACGUGUGAAAAGUUAGGGCUUCUUGUGCGAAAAGAAGCGGUUGAUGGCGUGAGUGCGAGCUCAUCAUACACUGCGAGGAUCAUUGAGGAAAAUCGCAAGCUUUUCCAAGGGCUGGGAAGGCUAAAAAUACAUGAGUACAACAUAGCGCUGCAAGAGAACGUGCAACCUAAGCAAAACCCGCCCCGCACUAUCCCUUAUAAGAUCAGGGAUAAGGUCAAAGCCGAAUUAGAGCGCAUUGAAAGCUUGGGAGUCAUAAAGCCCGUGAGCGAACCGACAGAUUGGGUGAAUUCAAUGACUGUGGUUAACAAACCUAAUGGCGAAGUCCGCAUAUGCCUUGACCCACGUGACCUCAAUGUGGCCAUUCGCUGGGAACAUUUACCGAUGCCGACAUUCGAGAACAUUGCAGGCAGAAUGGUUCUCGAAGUUUGA